UUUUCCCGUUUGUGUUGAGGAGAAAGCGGCGGUGUUUGCUUUUCGACGUGCCGAAAAGAAGUUUGGCCAAUCGAAGCCAUUUGUCAUCGCUGCCGCUUUUGCGCCACAUCAAAAAUGUCUUUGGCUCGGAAAAGGGGACAAUUGUUGGGUUUUGUAGCGAGGCGCGGGCCAGUUCGGAGGCGUUGCACAAGCCAACAAGCGCUCGGGGGUGAGAGCAGGGGAAAAAAGCCUUUGAGGGGUCUCCGAGAACGAGUCAGGCGAGUGCGUUUGCGUUUGCGUUUGCGUUUGCGUUGCCGGCCGCUCCAACCACGACGACUCUUUUUGUCAUUCCCAGUCGCGUCCGGCCGGGUCCUCUGGUUUCAGUGCACGAGGGGUGGGGGGCGGGGAGGACGUUCGGGCGCUCCGACCCGGUCUUUAGAAUGGGGUGUCCCCCUGGUCGGGCGGGGCGAGGCGCCCUUCCUCGGCGUGCCGGCUCAGCGACUCCGUCCGGUCCACCAAUUGACGACCGUUCACCUUUUCAUCUUGUUCAACCUCUGAAGUCGCAGUAGGAGUCUAACCUUUGGCCGACGCUAUUGCAAAUUGCAGUCAGCGAGCAAAGUGAAGUGCAAGGCGGCGAGCGCCGAGUUUUUCCGCACACGAGGAGCUGAAAUUUGGCUUGUCAAAUAAACUAAGAGAUCGAGCAACCUUUCCAAACAAACGCAAGUGUCUGGCUUUAGGAUGUGGCCGUUGCCCAACUGGAUGAAAUAUGGCAACGCCGUCAAAAGGAAACUCUGCCUGUUCUUCGUGGCCUCCUCGGUCGUGGUCUUGGUCUUGUGGACGAACGCAACGGGGAGCGGCGGCGGCGGCGGCGCCGCGUUCAUGCGGCCUCCCGCUGCGUGUCCCGCACGAGUAAGCCCCGAGACCAUCACCCGUCUGAACGGCAGCGAGCACCUGCUGGUGUCGGCCUACGCGGACCGGAGACUGUCCGGCAAGGAUGUGCGCAUCAUCGGAAUCUUCAAGCGGGAUUCGCCCCGUCAGCUGCAUUGCGUCUUCUGCGGCCCGCGGCCCUGGUGCGGAAGGAGUCACGCGACGGUUCUACCGCAUCCCGACAACUUCGGCUUCCCUUACGUCACCACCGACGUCCUGUGUCAGACGCCGCCGGGCUGCCGAGGAUCGCACGUGGCGCUGGUGCCGUCUGACCGGCGCGACGAGACGGGGAACCUGACGUGGUUGCCCGUCAGGAACCGGGAGGAGGCGGGACGGGAAGAGAGCCGGCUGCCCUUCAACUUGACCGUUUGCAUCUCCAAUUUGUUCGGAAAGCUCAACAACGUCCUCCAGGCGGCGCAGACCCUGGAGAUGUACAGGUUGCUGGGCGUGGACAAGGUGGUGAUCUACAACACCAGCAGCGGGCCGGAGCUCGACCGCCUGUUGCGCGUUUACGCCGGCGAAGGCUUCCUGGAGAUCGUCCCUUGGCCCAUCGACAGGCACCUGAGACCCUCCAGCGGCUGGCGGUUCUCGGAGAGCGGCGGCGACCUGCACUACUUUGGUCAGCUGACCACGCUGAACGAGUGCAUCUACAGGUCCAUGGAGCGCUCGCGCUACGUCCUGCUCAACGACCUGGACGAGAUCGUCACGCCCUACCGGCACGACGAUCUGCCGUCCCUGAUGAGCGAGCUCCGACGGCGCCACCCUGACACCGGCGAGUUCCGCAUCGAGAACCACAUCUUCCCCAAGACCCGGGUGGAGCCCAGCGGGAGGUUCCGACUGCCCCGGUGGGAAGGUGUGCCCGGCUUGAAUAUCCUGCAGCACAUCUACAGGGAGGAGCCAAAGGCCGUUUAUCACCCGUACAAGAUGAUCGUUCGCCCGAGGUUGGUGGAGCAGACGUCCGUGCACGAAGUGCUGCGGCAGUUCGGCAAAAGCUACAAAGUCCCGCGGGAAGUGUGCCGGAUCGUUCACGUGCGGGCCCCCCUGCAGGCCUCGCUGACUCUGGAGCAGCUCCACGUGGACACCAGACUGUGGGACUUCCAUCGAAAACUCAUCCCCAACGUCGACGGCGUUUUAAAGCGAGCGGGACUGCUUCCGACGUAAUUUAGGACGAAACGUUACAUGUCAUCCUUCAUCAUGGUGAGCGGGGCUGAGAAUAUAGUGGCUAGCAAAAGUCGACACACCCUUGCCAGGUUUUUGAAAGAAAUGAAACACUUCAAGAUCAUUUCACCCAGUCACGUGACCGAAGAUUUCAAGCAGAAGCAUUUUUUUUUUUUUUGAAGCUAAUAUGCGUGCCGCACUGAUGAUCUAAUUUGACGCGGACCAAAAUUUCAAGAGCAGUUGAUGUGCUCGCUAGCUUUUCCUUGCUUCGUAUGAAAGAAGUUUGCAUUUUCUGUCCAGCGCGGGUGCUACGUUCCGCGCGCCCCAUCCCUGUG